GUUAAGUUGAAAGUGCGUGAUUCCUCUUUCGGAAGCGCAAGCUAGGGUUGACACCCUAAUCAGCAUGGCUUAGUCACAUCCGCCAUUAUCGCCAUGUGAUCGACGAGUGAGAGUUUCACUGCCUGAGGCGUCGACGCAAUCUUCCUCCGUCCCCCGAAGGUUCCUUAUCAACUCCACCUCAUUUGUCGCCUCCCAUCACUUUCAAGAUACAUUACAGCAGACCGCAGUCGCGACUUUGCGACCUUAUUCUACCUUGAUACCCACAACAAAUUAUUUAGCGGUCGGAACACUUAAACCUCGCAAAGAUGGCUCCGCAAAACGUGAACGUCCUCCUUUCAACAUUCCCCGGUCUCUCUCUACCCUCGACCCUCUCAUUCUCCCUCCCAUCGACCUCGUCCAUCUCAGAUCUCACCGAGAAGGUUUCCUCAUAUAUUCCGUCAUCUGUACCCCUCCAGUCACUCAUCUUGACCACGACAAACAAUAAACAAAUACUACCUUCGACAGACCUUUCAAUCUCACAUCUCAUUGCUGCUAAUGGCGAACUCACUGCGACAUCAAACCUCCUUCCCCUCCGCCUUUCGGUGCCCCUAUGCGGAGGAAAGGGUGGUUUUGGUUCCCAGCUUCGUGCAGCUGGUGGGCGCAUGUCAAGCAAGAGAAAGCGCAACCAGGGCGACGAUAACGGCUCCAGUCGCAAUCUCGAUGGUCGCCGUAUCCGUACCGUCAAUGAAGCCAAAGCGCUCGCCGAGUAUCUCGCAGUCAAGCCGGAGAUGGACCGUAAGGAGAAGGAGGAGCGCCGACGGAGGUGGCAGGCCGUUGUGGAGGCUGCAGAGAAACGCGAGGAGGAACUGAAGAAUGGCGGCGGCAAGCAGAAGAUUGACGGUCAGUGGAUGGAAGAUAAAGAGGAGAUGAACGAGAAGGCUAGGGAGGCUGUUCUUGCGGCGAUGAAGGAUGGCAUGUGGACGGACAAUCUUCAUGAUGCUAUACGUGAUAAUAUCUUGGGCGGGUCUAGUACGAGUGCUAGCGAGGGAAGUGGACAGGAUUCUGCUUCUGCUUCGGAUGAAGAGAGUGAAGACGAGCAGGAGAUGAAGGAUGCGCCGGGCCCGUCAGAACCGGCUCCCAAGUCUGCAGCCCCGCGGAAGUUCAUUGGAUUUGAUGAUGACGACGAGUUUAUGAGCGAUUCUGAGGAAGAGGGAGACGGCCAAUAUGAUGAGACUGAAGGGAAAGGCAAGGCGAAGGCUUAAAUAGGCAGGAUAUUCAUCUCUUUAAGUUUUUCUUUUUCUUGUUGCAGCGUCUAAAAGCCUAAGGGUGUUUCAAGGAUAUGGAUAGUUUGUUACUUGUAAAUAAUUCAAAUACAACUGCGGUGAUAUUUUCUUCAA